CACUGCCGACACCAUCUCUUAUCGGAAGCCGACAAUUCAGUGCCACGCUUGCAUUGCAGGCUCGUACAAUGCAACCUUACAACUCUCCUUUUGGAAACAAAGUGGCGUUUUUGGUCUUUUUCCUGUCGUGCUUACUAAUCAGCAUUGCUGUCGGGGACUUGAAAGAAGGUGACUCGCUGGUCAAAGAGGAUGAUCAACGCGUUGAUGAAAGACCCCUCCGCUUGAAUCAGGUUGUCUUCAUCAUCCAGAGCCAGAAGAACUCCUUCCAUGUGAGGCGGGCGGAGGAACGCCGGUUGGAGCUUCUCCGUCAGGCCAGCUCCCACGAACAGAAUCCACCCCCUGUAUUGCUUCUGCACAGCCUGUCAGACAAUGAAGGAGACUGGAGCAUUCUCCCACUACUGCCUUACCUCUCCACCACCUUUGGGAGAAACUCCUCCUGGAUUGUGUACCUGGAGGAGCAAACCAAUGUGAAGCUUUCCCGACUUCUGCAGGUGCUUGGGAAGUUUGACAGGCGGAAGGAGUGGUUCCUCGGGAAGCCGCUUCACGAUGAAGAGUCCACCAUCAUUCACCACUACGCCUUUGCUGACAACCCCUCCAUCUUCAAGUACCCCGACUUUGCUGCCGGCUGGGCGCUGAGCAUCCCACUUGUCAACCGGCUCGCAAACAAAGUGAGAGAUGAACCACUUAAGUCCGAUUUCACCAUCGACCUGAAGCAUGAGAUCGCGCUGUACAUCUGGGAGGAGGGGAAGGGGCCUCGUCUGACCGCAGUCCCUGAACUGUGCACUGAGCCAGAGGGCUCCCCCACAGCUCAGCACUGCGUCACCACCCUCGAUACCUACCUGCCUCUGUGUGGUGACCCUGUUAAGAAGGAGGAUGUCUUUGUCGCUGUGAAGACCUGCAAGAAGUUCCAUGCUGAGCGAGUUCCAGUGGUGAAGAAAACUUGGGAGAGACACGCGGCCCUUUUGGAAUACUACAGCGACCAUGCUGAUCCUACCAUACCCACCAUUGACCUGGGAGUGCCCAACACAGAAAGAGGGCAUUGUGGGAAAACCUUUGCCAUCCUGGAGAGGUUUGUGAGCAAUGCGGUACCUCAGACAAAGUGGCUGCUGAUCGUAGACGACGACACUCUGAUCAGCCUCCCGCGACUCUGGGCCCUUCUACGCUGCUACGACCCCAGCGAGCCGGUGUGUCUGGGAGAGAGAUACGGCUACGGGCUCGGCCAGGGCGGCUACAGCUACAUCACCGGUGGAGGCGGCAUGGUGUUCAGCAGAGCCGCGGUGACUAGGCUGCUCAGCAGCGGCUGCAGGUGUUACAGUAACGAUGCGCCGGACGACAUGGUGCUGGGGAUGUGUCUGAACGCUCUGGGACUGCCGGUCACCCACAGCCCCCUCUUCCACCAGGCACGGCCUGAGGAUUAUUCAAAGGAUUUCCUGGCUCCUCAGGUUCCCAUCUCUUUCCACAAACACUGGAACAUCGACCCUGUCGCCGUCUACCACAAGUGGCUGGUGGAUGACAGGGGGGACAGGAUGCCCGACAAGCCGCACAGAGAUGCCAGAGAGGAGUUAUAGUGACUGAG